GGAGGUCUUUCGUAUUAAGCAAGAAGAGCUUGAAAAGAAAAGCGAUAAAAAAGAAUUAGCAACUCAACAAGUUUAAGGAAACGAGAGAAGCAAUAUCAAGAACAAAAUGGCAGGACGCGGUAGAGGAAAGUCUGCUAUGUCCUUUUCCAUGGAACAGUUGGGCAUCUCUAAAGGAGAAACACUAUCAACACUAGUUCUGCAACCAUCUUUAAGUUAUCCUCCAUUGGAUCACAAACCUCCACCUAUUCAAAUAACUAGCGAGAUGGAAUAUCUAAUAGAAUUGAAAAGGCACUUCACUGAAUAUGUGCGAGAGUCACCACAUUAUGUGAAAGCUGCUGUUAUAAAUGAAGAUAUUGAACGAUACAGCGAUGCUUUUAAAGAAGAUUUCACAGACAAUGAUGAAUCGAAAUAUGAGGCGUACCAUGAUCGUCAAAAACGAAAACUCCGACAACAGAAAGGAAAUAAGAAGAAAAAGAAUAUGGAUAUUGUGAAAAAGUUGUCAGAAUUGGAAAAAAAAGAAAAUAUGCAACAUCCUGUCGAAGAGGAAGAUAAAGAAGAAGGGAAUGAAGAGGAGAAUGAUGAAGAAAAGGAAGAUGGUGUAAAGGAGGAUGAGGAAGAUGAGAUGGAUGAUGGAACUGAUUAUGCAAAUGAAUACUUCGAGAAUGGUGACAAUUACUAUAGCGAAGAGGACAAUAAUGACGAUCAGUUCUUUGAUGCAUAAAUACUUGCAUGUUUCAGAAAAAAUUUUUUUUUAUAUCUUGACUCUUUUAUAUCUGUUUUUUUAAUAUCUGUCAUUUUCAAAGCUUUAAUCAAGUAGAGUUGAAAAGGCAUUUCACCGAGUAUAUGCUAGAGUCGAAUGUAAAUAUGUCGCCAAAUUAUGUGAAAACUGCUGUUGAAAAUGAAGAUGUUAAACAUUAUAGUAAUAUUUUUAAAGUCGAUUUCACAGAAAAUGAUGAAUCAAAAGGUAAAUUAAGCGCCGAGAAACUAAAAACCUAUUUACUGCAAGUUCACUUAAAUUAUGCAAGAUUCUUUAUAAUUUCUCAGUUAAUUUUAAUAUCAUUGUUUGGAGAAAACCGAUUAAUGCGUAAAUUAAACUAACAAUGAGAAAAGAUUGUGCGUACAUGUAUGUGACUCACUACUAAACAUAAUAUAGAUUGAAUAAAUAACAUUAGUUUAUUUUAUUUUAUUUUUUUUUUUUCUUAGAACAAAUUCUCCAUAACAUCGCUCUUCUUGUUCUUGUUCUAUUAGACUUCUGGCCUGUGUUACACCUUUCUCAUAUGCUUGUAGUACGCUGAUUAUUUGCCACGAGUAUAUGGAGCCUACAAUUUUAAUGCCGGUUCUGAACGGCGGAUUGUUCGAGAGAAAUUUCUGUGAAGGAUACUCUCUGGAGAUUGCCGGCCUUUUUCGAGAAGAAAUACGAGCGUAAAUAUUUGAUUGCUAUCGAGAUUGAACCCGGGACUUCUGGCAUGAUAGACCAGUGUGUUGUUUGCCAUGCCACUCUCGUGCUCGUUAACAUCGAUUUUUAAUUUCAAAUAACAGUGAGAUAUAAAUACAUUUAGUUUUUCUUCGCUAUUCUCUCGUUAUUGAUUGAAGGAAGGAAAGGAUUCGUCGUAACAUGUGGAUAUAUUCGAAGUAGGGGGCACGCAGCGUAACAAUUAAAAUAGUCUAGAAAUCACAGGAAGCGUCGGCGUGUUUUUUUAUUACGAGUAUUUCACAAUUUCUAAUAUAUAAUAUAUUUAUAUAAUAUAUAUAGCCAUAAUAAUCUGCAAUUGUAAUAAAUGAUCCUUUUCUAUGAUGCCAUCGGAUAGUACAAACGCAAUGUUUCUUGGGGUGAGUGACUGGGAAAAUGGAAGAGGAGGAGGAAGGGGUAAAAAUAUAGAAGAACGGUGUGUAGAAUACGCAAAAAUACCAUAGCGUUUAUAAUGCUCGUUAUGUAUACGUUAAGUUUUAAUGAUUUCAUCCCGUGUUUAUAUAUGUAUAUAUUUUUUUCCUUUAUUUCUCUAAUGAAUUGCCGACCGCGAAUUAAGCGCUUUAAAAAUCCGUGUAUUAUAAGGAAAAAUUAAAUCGCAGAGAGAAAAAGUUUUCCGAACUCCUGUAAAAUUUCCAAUCACUGGAUCAUUCGUCGUCUUUCUAAGACCGAGUCUGUCAUCAGAGGAUAUCUUAGAACUAUUGAGAGAUCCUUUACAAUAAAUAAUCCGGAUAGGAAAAGAAAUUGCGCGAAAUUUCUCUUUCGUUUGACGCAAUGUGAUAUAAAUUUUUUAGAGUGCGAUGGCAAUAAAUCGCAAAAAUAAUUCCGUUCAUUACUACUUUUUUUUUUAUCAAAAAUUCGGAAUUUUUCGACCGAGUCAAGUCGUUCUAAGUUGCAAGGUCUGAUAAAGCACUUGGGAGUUAUCGCAAACGAUUUGAACUUAAUUAUUUAUAUAACGAGCCGUAUAUCUUUUAUGCGGAAUUAUGCGUGCAAAAAAAUAAUACAUCUUUUACAUUUCGUGAAUAUUUAAACGAUAUAAGAUCAAUAACAAUAUCAGAUCGAUACUAAUUGAGCCAAUUAGACUACAUGUAUGAUAAUAAAAAUUCUUCACAAAUAAGUUACAUUACAAAAUAUAACAUUUAACAUACGAUAUGUAUAUGUAUAUUUGUAUAUACCUAUACAUGUAUGUUUCACAAAAUGAGGUUGUGUAAACAAGUAUGUGUGUGUGUGUGUGUGUGUGUGUGUGUGUGUGUGAAGAAUUAAUAAAAUUGUUAUGAACAGUAAGAUUGUUGUGGAUUAUAAUUUUGACACAUCUACACUUUGCACUUUGAUACUGAAGAGUGUGGUGCGAAAAUAUAAUUCAGAAGAAUCUUAAUUAAAAGUUGUAUAUAAAAUAAGAGAGAGAUAUUUUGAUACUAUAAUAAGGAUGACUGAUAGAACUUAAUUUUGUAAUAAGCUUUAAAGCGCUUUUCACUUUCAUUAGAUUUGUUGAAUUGUGUGAACAACUAAAAUAAUAAGUAUCUGAUUAAAAUAAUUGCACAUUGUAAUAAGACAAAUUAAGUAAAAAAGCUAAUUAAUGGUUUAUCCACUAAUGUCUAUUAAUGAUUCAAUUGAUAUAUCGUAUCGUUCGUGUAUAAAUUGUUCUUAAUAAAACAGUUUAAGAUAAAAUCUCUCAAUGUGAAGGCGUGUAACAAUCCCGAGUCCAUAGUGUAAAUAUUCACCAUGGACAUAUACACCAUGCCCGAGUUAUCGAUGAUAUUCUCACUAGGAAAUUAAUUCAGAAUUAUUUGCAGUCAUCUAAUUGUUACAAUAUUUCUUGUCAUCACGUUUCUUAAUUUCCUUUUCGUUGCAUUAUAAAAUAGGUAAUUAUUAUACUUAUAUUACGGGCGAGGCAGAAAAUUAGGUGACAAUUUGACGAUCAUGCACUCGGCAAUGUCCGAAAGACAUUAAAUUCUCCGAAAAUUAAUUUCUUAAUGGAGUUAUUGAGAUGAUGUUACUUGGUUAUAUAUUUGAAAUGUAUUUACAUUUGAAUUCUUUAGGUUUUUUGACCUCAGGUUUUUCUCUUCGCGCAAUUCUACGACACGUCAUUUUUUUCAUUAAUAUCUAUAACAUUUAUAUUAGCAAAAUCGAUUCUUUUCGGAAAUGAUGUUCAAUUAGAUUCUUCGGAACGUCUUAUUUUCUCUUGAAAUCUCUUUUCUAAUACUUUCGCGUAAUUAGAAGACAGCAUACAAUUAGCGUUAUCCAGCACUCUAAUUUGUCGCGAUGAAAAAAAGCUGUCUUGCUAAUCGAUAAGAAUUUAUGUCUUUAUAACGAUUAUCUUCCUACUUUCGUCAAUGAAAACGAGUGGUAAAAACAUAGAAUAUUUUAAGGAACUACGUACAUUCCGCUUGGACAGCCUUUUCACAGCUUUCCUAUCUACAUUUUCAUCACAAUAAUCAAAUGUGCUCAGACUAGAAUACGAAAAAGAGCAAAAAGCGUAUCUUUGAAAACGAUAAUAUACAUCCACAGCGUAUGUAAUUAUAGCUAUGAGCGCAUGAAUCUCGCAACACGCUCCGAUGGCAACUUUCAGACACCAGAAUUUCAAAUUAGGUAUCUUGUCGCUCGCAAAUCUAGAAAAAACGAUACCUCACAAUUUGAUAUUUUAAGAAGUGCUUACAAAUAAAUUCAUCGAAUCGAAUGGAGAACUAUUAAUGAAGAUGUUAACGAUGAAGUCGUUAAAUGGAUGUAAUAUUUGCUUUCGCUUUUGGUCAUUUUGGACAAAUGGGAAACGUCGUUUCUCACAGAUCGAAUCGCAAUCUAAUUCAUGCGGCGUGACGUUCUGAAAAUCACAGGACAGGUCUGCUUCUGUAUUCGGACGGGCAGUGUGAGCUUGCGAGAUACUUCUUCAACAUGUUUGAAAAAAAAAAAUCGGUUACAAUAAGCCAUAUAUACACAGUUUCGCUUCAAUAGUGUCGCUUAUGACGAAUCGCUCGGACCUUGACUGCGAAAACAAAGAAAUACCUGUCUCGUUUAAGAAAAACAUUUUAAAUUAAACACCGCUGUCAUAUACAUUUAAGAUCACGAUGGCUCUAUAAGUCAGCUUACAAGAAAGAGAAAUCUUAAAUAACGUAGAAUAAAACAAGAUGAAGUUAAUUGAAAGAAAAUAAAAUACAUAUCGAGUAUAAUAAAACAUUUAUUUUCAAUAUUUUUGUGAUAGUAAAUUUAUUAAUGUUUAGUAGAAAUUUGUAGUGUGAUAAGAGAACUUUUGUCUCUGAAUUGAUUAAAACCUCUUAUUGAA